AUGGUUAUUGUUUCUGAAGAAUCAUAUCCCGUAAAAGUUGGUGUUAACCGUAUAUGGACAAAAUGGGACUGUCGUAAAAAAGGAAUUGCUUCUAAGCUCCUAGACUGUUUCCGUAAAAACUAUGCCUAUGGUCAUAUAUUGACAAUUCAUGAAAUAGCAUUUACAGUACCCACACGUGCCGGAAAGCAAUUCAUUAAAAAAUACACUAACAAAAAAACGACAACUAGAAACAACGUUCGAUGGAACUCUCAAAAACGUCUUCACGUGGACGAUGAUAGUGAAUUUUUUGGUUUGCCACACAAAGUAAAACAUUUGUUCAAAAAGCACAAAAGAGUAACACAGCUUUAUGAUUGGCAAAUCGAAUGUUUGAAUUUGGAUGCGAUAAAAAAAAGAAAAAACUUGAUUUAUGCAUUGCCCACAAGUGGCGGAAAAACACUUGUAGCAGAAAUUCUUAUGCUUAAAGAACUCAUAGUUUAUGAACGUAAUGUUAUAUUUAUUUUGCCAUAUGUUGCACUAGUCCAAGAAAAGGUGCAAUCUUUAUGUCCAUUUGGUCUUAACUUGGAAUUCAAUGUUGAAGAAUAUGUUGGUGGCAAAGGAAAACAUCCUCCACUACAUCGUAAACGUAAAUCGUCAAUAUAUAUAUGCACUCUAGAGAGAGGAGCUGGACUGGUUGAUUGUAUGCUGGCUGACAAUGGUCAGUUAGGUGGACGGAGUGUUGGAAUGAUUGUUGUUGAUGAAUUGCAUCUUCUCGGCGAACAAAAAAGGGGAGCCUUGUUAGAAGCAACUCUUACAAAAGUGUUAGACUCCAAGCAGUCCAAGCAUAAUAUUCAGAUUAUUGGUAUGUCAGCUACAAUUGGAAAUAUGCAAGAAAUAGGUGACUUUUUAAAUGCUCACGUUUACACAAGAGAUUUUAGACCUGUAAAGCUCACAGAAACGAUAAAAUUAAACGAACAAAUAUUUGUGAUAAAUAAAGAUAUUGAUGGUUCUUUAAAAAGUAAACUUGAUAGAAAAUUAGAUUUUGACGCUUAUUCAACUGAUAUGAAACUAUUAGACCCCAGUGGUAUUGGGCUUCUUGUUCGUGAAAUAUUACCGGAUGGGAGCUGUUUGAUUUUUUGUCCUACCAAGAGCAGUUGUCAGAGUAUUGCCAAAAUUAUUUAUAAGACUAUUGGAAGUCAGGAAACAAAAGAUAAACUUAAACAAAAAGAAGAAUUAUAUAAAGCAUUGAAAGAAGAAGGCGACGGUAAAGUGUGUCCUUUAUUAUCCAGAAGUAUCCUCUUUGGAGUCGCAUAUCAUAAUUCAGGGUUGACAAAUGCUGAAAGAAAACUGAUAGAAGAAGCUUUUCUAGAUGGUAUUCUUAAAUGUAUUUGUUGUACAUCAACAUUGGCAGCUGGUGUAAAUCUUCCAGCCCAAAGAGUCAUAAUCACAUCACCAUAUGUUGGACGAGAUUUUAUGAAACAAAGCACAUACAGACAAAUGGUAGGACGUGCUGGUAGAGCUGGUCUGACAGAAUGUGGUGAUAGUGUACUGUUGUUUCAAGAAAGCGAUAAAGAAAAGAUUAGAGUAUUACUAGAAAGUGGUGUUGAAAAUAUUGACAGCUGCCUUGGCACAGAAGAAAGUGUAGUUUAUUCGAUGAUAUUAAGCUCUGUAAGUACAGGGUGUACGUCUAGUCAACAACAAUUGGUAGACCUGAUGAAGCGUACACUUUUUAUUCAACAAGCUGAGAAACGUAAUGUUGAAUGUACAGUUGCAUCAGAUCUAGUAGAAUCAUGUUUAGAUAAAUUAAAAUCAAUAAAUGCAUUUGAUAAGCCGAUCGAAGAUAAAUUAAAACUAACAUCAAUUGCAAAAGCUGCAGUGGCUGCCAACUUGGACAUAUUAGAAGCUCAAAAGUUAUAUACAGAAUUAUUGGAAGCCUCAAGUGCAUUAAUAUUGACUAACAAACUUCAUUUAUUAUACUUAGCUGUUCCUUACACAGAAUGUAUCACACUAGAACGUCAAAAUGUUUUAGAUAUAAUGACAAAUUUACAAGGAGACCAACAAGCAUUGGCUAACCGAUUGGGAUUAAACGAAUUAUGUAUAUCACAAUUCUUUAGUUAUGGAAAAGUCAAAAAUGUAUCUGAAAAUAUUUGGAAUAAAUUUCUCAUGAGUUUGAUUUUGAACGAUUUGUGGAAUAAAGAAUCUAUUUGGACAGUAUCUAAAACAUACAAUUUGCCAAGGGGAACAAUACAUUCAUUCUUAUCAAGGACUGCAUCACAUGCUUCUUCCAUAUUAAGAUUUACUGAGGCAUUAAAAGAUAAAAAAUUGGAUCAUUUCCCAAUGUUAUUUCAAAAUAUUAUUCCUAAACUUAACAUAGGAAUAUUAGGAAGUUCAUCAGAUCUUGAAUCAUUAAUGAGUUUGCCAUCAGUGAGAUUUGGUAGAGCAACUCAACUGUAUAAAGCGGGCUAUAAAACAUUGAAUGAUGUGGCUAAAGCAAAUAAAAAAGAAUUAUGCAAUGUUAUUAAUCAUUUACCAUUAAAAGUAUCUCGUGAGAUGAUUGCUUCUGCUAAACUUAUGUUGUUGUCGGAAGCAGAAGCAUUAGAAGAGUUAGCUGAAAGUUUGCGUGCAGAUCUAAACCAAUCCAUGUCAAAAAAUAAAGACAAUUCUUUAUGGUUCUAA